CAGAUGUAGUUACUACACAGUUUCAAGAGGAUUAAGAUGCGCGUUGCGGUAAUUUUUGCCCUGGUGGCUUUUCUGGCCAUUUCGGUUGUGACAGCAUUUCCAUCGGCAAACAGUAAUAGUGGUCAAGGUAGCUCUAAUAAUCAAUCAACUACUCGUCCAUUCCGAUGGCCAAAAUGGGGAGGAAUCGGUCCUGUAAUUUUGAAUACACCACGCACUCAAUUGGAAUGACCUGGUUAAAUCCUAUGGAAAGACAUAUCGCUGUGAACCACAAAUAAAGUUUAUUAAUAGUCUAAAAAAAAGUCCCAAAAAUACUUUCCUGAAAAACUUUCCACUGAGACAAUUGUUCAAAUACUAAAAGCGUAAAUAAAAAUUUCUUGUUAAAUCAACGAA